AUGGAAAACGGAGGCUACGGCCAGAGAUCGUCGGGCUUCAGCCUGGGUCGCAUUAUUGGAGAUCCCUUUGCGCUGGCCACCAUAUCUAUCGGUAUUCUCGCCUGGAUCAUCGCUUUUGUCAGCUCUAUAAUAUCUGCUAUUCACGGUGGCUUCCCCAACUUUGCGUGGUGGACGCUGGUCUUCAUGUUCUUCUGCAUCGCGGGCGUUACGGUCACAGUUGCCUCGGAUGCUGAGAGGACGUACCAUGUCGCGAUUGUAGGCUUCCUUGCCGCCGGCCUCGUCUUCACCACGUCUUCUGUGAACUCGCUCGUCUACUCCCCCGUCGCUCCCUUUGAAGCCGCAGCAGCCGGUUACAUACUCCUAUCCAUGAUCGCCAUUGUAUGGAUCUUCUACUACGGCUCGCAGCCCCAAGCCAGCCACCGCACCUUUGUCGACUCGUACGCUCUCCACAAAGAACACCCGGGCUCCCGCUCCUCCCGCCCCAUCUCCAACGGCUACACCAACCGCCCAGAAACCCAGUCCGCAAACAUACCCCCCCAGAUGUACACGUCGGCCCAACUCAACGGCUUCGAAACCUCGUCGCCUGUAUCCGGUUAUCCCGGUGGUCCCGUGGGUGCCAACGGUCGGAAUUCGUCCGCUGCUGCUCCUCAAUUCGGCGGCGGCAUGAGUCUAGGUGGUGGUGGUGGUGGUGGUAUGAAUGGAAACAUGAGCACCAUGACGCCUACGAAUGACGAAACGAUGAUGAACCAGGAACAGUCGAUUGAAUACCCGUACCGUGCCAAGGCGAUUUACAGCUACGAGGCUAAUCCAGAUGAUGCGAAUGAAAUCAGCUUUCAGAAACAUGAUAUUCUGGAAGUGUCGGAUGUUAGUGGGCGGUGGUGGCAGGCUAAGAAGCCGAAUGGAGAGACGGGUAUUGCGCCUAGCAAUUACCUCAUCUUGUUAUAA